UAACACUGGCUAGUGAACGCAGUUGGCGUUUGACUUUCGAACGAGCGCCCGAUGCGCGCGAAAAACGAAACUGUCAAACUUUUGCCGCUAUCGCUCAGCGUAUUUUGACGUUAGCGAAUUAUAAAACAAAACAAACUUUUUUUUAUAGACCGUGGUUUUAUUUUUAAAUUAAUUCAGUGUUAUUUGAGUGUUUUUAUACAAUUGCCAUAGUAAUGCAGUGAAAAGUGUGUGUUUAUUAAAGGCCGUGUAAAUUGGAAUUAAUAAUGCAGCUUCUACACAACGCAUGUGUUACAUGCUUGAUUCUACUGGCUGUGACAAUAGAAUUUACGCAGCCAACAUGCGUCCUAGAAUCAGACUUCGGUUUCAAAAUCAACUGUGCUUUCAAGAAAUCUGGUCUCUUCAGAGUGAGGAAUCUUGGCGGAGUAAAGGCGCACGCUAGCAUAGGUUUCAGCCUGGGUGACGAGCUUGGUUUCGAGCAGUCCCUUACCAAUUUGGAUCCGAGCCGGCGGCGCUCAGUCAGCGUUAAGAACGGAGCGCCCCCUAACCUUGUCACUGACGCAGGCAGACAGGCCGGGAAGCAAGAGAAACGUGGAAAACAAAACAGAAUAAUGAUGCGGCCUCCUGCACCACCCGGCCGUCCGAGCCAAUCGGCAAUGGACAAACUAACAAGUCUACACCGGCGGGCAUCCAGCACCAUGCGGCCUAUCAUCGUGCCAGGGCCAACCAUCGAAGCGCCCACCAAACUGACCAGAGUCAACCCCACCGUCACUAUGGCUAAACCACUUCCCAUGGGCGUACCACCAUUUAAGCCAUUACCGCCGAAAGACGAAAAUAUGAGCGUUCUCCCGAUUGCAGUAACCAAAGUCUACACACCUCUGCAAGUCCCGCAAGCCAAAGCCGGAGUGGCUUAUCCAAGUGAGAACUACCCACACGUAUCACACGAUCAAGUAUCAAAAAUGGUAUUACAGAUGACUGCAACACAUAUGGCUCAGCCACUCUACAGAAUCACACCGACUCCCAUUAUAGUCAACACUCCAAAACUAUACUCCAUACCGACUACACUAAACCCAUUCAUUCCUAUGCCUAUAGCAGCUCCGCCUAGCCAGGCUGCUAUGACAAUCAUACCUGCACCGGUCUUAAAGAACUCUUUUAAAGUUGUUCCAUUUUCAAAAUCACCCACUUUCUCUUUCAAUCAAAACACCCAAUCUUUCCACCAAACCAAUCCUAUUUCUAACUUUGUAGACCCUGCUCCUCAACAAAUCCAAGAUCUGGCGAGUUAUCCUGUGUACAAUACAAAGAAAGUCGACGACUAUAACUCUAUAACCGGUUAUGGUGACGAUGUAACCCUAAAGUUUAACAAGGAAGACAUAAAUGCGAAGAUCGUUGAGAUAGCCAAAGCCGGUAACAUAUCAAUGGAAGCAGUGGAGGCGGCGAUAGCAUUACGGCAGCAGCAGUUGUUGAACAAGUACGCGAAUGUACCGUUGCCGACGACAACGACGACAUCCACCACGACUACGACAACGACUGAAGCGCCAGUAGUCUUUCAAUCCGAGCCAGAGCCGGAGCCAGAAAUCGUUGUACCACAAAUUAAACAAAAACCUACCAGGUUCCCCACAUCGGGUAAAGUAAUGAACGCCCCUAAAGAAUAUUACCCCAUUGGUUAUGAGAAGAAUUUUGACGAUCACUUCCAAUCCAAGGUGGAUCUGCCUGACACAACUUUCCACUGCGGCGACCAAAAAUACUUCCCUGGUUUGUACGGUGAUGAGAGCCUUGGGUGUAUGGUAUUCCACGUAUGCGCGCUCACUGAUGACGGUCUAGUUAUGAAGUCCUUCCUCUGCCCUGAGUCGACCCUCUUCGACCAAACAAUCCUGAAGUGUAACUGGUGGUUCUACGUGGACUGCCCGAGCACCCGCCGCCUCUACGAUACCAACAUCCCUGUUUCGAAAAGCUACCAGCUCAUGAAAGCACUUACUUUCUUCUCUAGCUAUAAGAAAGAAAUGCAAGACGAAAACAGUCAAUUAACCAAUCCUGAAGACGUAGCGGGCGUUAAAGAAGCAAUCACUAUUUUAGAGAACCAGAAUCAGAAUCAAAAUGCGCAAGUAGAGGUUGGAAAUGCUCCUAAUGCCAUACAAAUUAUAACACCACAGCCUUUUGUUGACGAAAGGAGUAACCAUCGGACCAAUAAUGAAACAGCUCCAGUUUACAGAGGAACGAGAAACUAUAAGCCAUCGAAUAACACUAAUGGUCCUAGAAUAAAUAAACCUCAACCACCAAUUAAUAGACAAUCAAAUGAACAAACCAGCUCAGAAUUUCGAUUAGUUACAGUCAAUGCUGAUAUAAAUGUUAAUAGAAAUGACACUUCAGCAGAAAACGUUAAAACCACUUCUUCCGAAUCCACUGAGAGAAAGUAUAAAAAAAAAAUGUCUUUAAGAAGAAGUAGCUCAACAACAACUAAACCUUUUACAUCGCCUACUCAAAUUACUACUACCACAAUUAAGCCUGUUGAAAGUACACCGUCCAUAGAAAUAGUUAAACAAGAAAUUAAAACUGUGGAGGAAUUAAAUAACACUCGUAUCAAACAGGAGAAACUGACCGAUGAAGUUGAAACUUUAGAUAAAAUAGAUUCGACUAUUUUGAAAGAGGCUGUAAAUUCACCGCCCGUCAAAAGAUUUUACAGAUCUAGUAUAGAAAGAACUAGUGCAGAAAAGAUAAAUACAGAAAUGACAAUGGUUAAUAACGAAAAAGUUCAAAUUGUGAGACCAACGUCCGUUGCUAGACUAGUAGGUGAAUAUCCUACUCAGUCAGCAACUAUCCAGAAAUUAGACGAGGCGAUCUUAGGAAAGUCAAACAGAAGAAUAAAAAAAGAAACGGUCACAGUGGUGACCCCGGAGAAACAUUUCAGAAGUAAAGAACGAACGUAGUAUUCAUCGAAUUUUAGUCAAUAACUAAUUUAAGUGUCAUAUAAAUGUUGCUAUUUAUUUAUUUCACUUCCAAUGCAUUA